AUGGAUCGGUUACCGCUGCCAUCCGGACUUAACCUUACUAGAAACUUAGCGGAGAACUGGAGAAGAUUCGAACAGCAGUACGAUGCUUACGCUGUAGCGAGCGGUGUCGCAAGCAAAGGAGACAAAGUCCAGGGGAUGACCCUACUCCACGUGAAAAAUGUAACCUACGAGAGGCACAGUUUUAACACAAGAUCUCAGAAGGAGGGAGAACCGGUCGACGCAUUUGUGACUGAGCUCAAACAAAAGGCAAGUGUAUGUGAAUUUGGUGAACUGAGAGAUUCUUUAAUAAGACAUCGAAUCGUUUAUGGAAUUCGAAGUGAUACUGUGUGUGCCAGAUUGUUACGAGAACAAGAACUCACACUGCAGAGUGUCAUAGACAUUUGUAGGGCAGCGGAAGUGUCGGAAUCGCAGCUCCGAGAAAUGGGAGACGAGAAAAACGUUCACGCAGUCAGAGACAAGAAGCAGAGAUACACACAAAAGGAUGCACAACCCCAACAUAAAGGUCAGUGUAAAUACUGUGGAUUAGAUCAUCGUAAGGGGCCAGAUCAUUGUCCAGCUUAUGGAAAAUCAUGUAAUAAGUGUAAUCAGAAGAACCAUUUCGCAGUCGUGUGCAAGUCUAAGAUGAGGACACAUCCUGUGAAACACAGAAACCCAAGAAAAGCAAAAUUUCAUCAUAUUGAAGAGAGCUGUGAAGACUCAGAUGAUGACUUUUUCAUGUAUUCUAUUGACACACACAAGGAUGAUGAUUGGACAGUGAAGCUACUAGUCAAUGAUGCAAAACCUAUUAACUUUAAAAUUGACACUGGAGCCCAGUGCAAUGUCAUGAGUCUUAAAGCGUGCAAGUAUGCCAACAUUGACACUAAACAGUUAAUGCGUAGCAACAGUAAAUUAGUUUCCUACUCUGGACAUGCCGUUAAAGCCUGUGGAAAAGUACUUACGUCCGUGAGACACAAGGACCAGUAUUUUCUUCUAGAAAUACAGAUUGUUGAUGAUGACGUCCAACCUGUUCUCGGACUCAAGUCCAGCAUUGACUUGAAAUUAAAGAAUCGUGUGCAUACAGUGAAGAAGAAUCAAAGUACUAAAAGUGCAGAAGGACUGUUGAAAGAAUAUGAUCAUUUAUUUCAUGGAAUUGGAUGUCUUCCAGGAAAUAUGACAUCAAGGGAACACUAUCCACUUAAGACCGUGGAGGAAGUGGCUGCUAACCUUAAGCAUGCGAAGCAUUUUACAACUCUGGAUGCCGCUUCAGGAUUCUAUCAAAUACAGCUGACCGAGGAGAGUUCGUGGCUUGCCACAUUCAAUACACCGUUUGGAAGAUUUAACUUCGAGAGACUUCCGUUUGGAAUAUCGUCAGCGCCGGAAGUGUUUCAGAGGGCCAUGUCUCAUGUAUUUGAAAAUCAGCCUUGUGAAGUGAUUGCAGAUGACAUUUUGAUUUGGGCAGAUAGUGAACAGGAACACUUAGAAAAGCUAAGUCAAAUACUGAAGAGAGCUGAGGAUGUUGGAUUACUUUUCAAAAAAGACAAGUGCAAAGUAAACAAAUCAGAAGUUGAGUAUGUAGGACAUGUUUUCAGUUCAGAUGGUGUGAAGCCCAGUGGUGAAAAAAUCAAAGCAAUUCUAGCAAUUCCAGCACCGGAAAACAAGAAGGAACUACAGCGAUUCAUGGGGAUGAUCAAUUACUUAGGAAAGUUUAUUCCAAACUUGUCUACCAGGAAUCAAUCACUCAGACAGUUGCUAGAAACCGACGUCGCAUGGCACUGGAGUGAAGAACAGGAAAAAGCCUUUAAUGAUCUAAAGGGAGCAAUAACAUCAACGCCGACAUUGAAAUAUUUCGACGUUAAUGAGGAUGUCAAACUUUCCGUUGAUGCUUCGUCAUGA